CCAACUCAAGUUCAGCCCAUCCCCAACAGCUCCUAGAUUCGACACACGCCAAUUUUUUUUCUGCUGCGACAAAUUCCUGAGUCUCAGCGACAGACCGAUCACUUCCUGCGCCAUGACGACCCCCAUCUCUCACUCAACCCUGAUCUUCGUCGUUCUCGCUGGAUGUGCAAUUAUCGCGUCUGCGAUUCAGGCACCCAAGUCUCUUUCGCCGUUCGACGAAGCCGUUCAGAAGCUGAAUAACUCGGGUUACACCAGCUUCGUCUCCCUCGUCAGCGCAUAUGGAAAGAUGAAGCAGGUCAAGGCGGCUCUCUCCCAGCCGCUCACCAUGCUUGUCCCCAGCAACGCCGCGAUCGCCAAGGUCAAGAUAACGAGUUACUCUACAGCGCAGCUGUCCACAAUCGUCAUGUUCCACGCGAUCAAAGGCGUCACUCCCUUCCAGAAGCUGCGAAGCCUCCCGAAGAACACCACGCUUCCGACUCUCUCCACCGACCUCAAGUCCAAGAAGACUCAGUCUCUAACGAAGCUCUCCCCGCCGAAGGCGCGCUGGGUGGCCAUCCAGGGCAAGGCGGGGAGCAAGCUGAUGAUCACUAAGGGUGACUUUUACCUUAAAGCCGGGAAGCUGGCGGUUCACACCACGGACGCGAUUGUGUUUCCCGUGGGAAUGAAGUGAAGCGGCGAUGAUCGAGGAGCGGCUACAAAUCUGGUGGCCGGCUAAUAAUCGGGAGGGCAUUUCUAGGUCAGGGUGCGAAAACUUCAAACAUUGGCGUUAAUAAGUGACGGUGGAUUGAAGGAUGAUUACAGGCACCGUAGGAAUGGGCGAAUAGCACGUUUUUGCAAAAGGUGGGCAUUCUUAGUCGAUUAAGUUAUGCAAUUGUGAAGUAAGUCCUAAACGAGCAGAAAUGCAAUGCUUGGCAUUA